GUGUAUAUUUUUGUAUAAGGGUAUCUGAGUGACAGGCUGAGGCAUAAUCUCAUUUUUCUCCUCAUCCUCUUUCUUCUUCACAAGGGUCCCUCUUCUUUGAUUCUCUCUCUCUCUCUCUCUCUCUCUCUCUCUCUCUCUCUCUCUACUCUGAGUAGCUUGGGGAAAAAUUGGUUCGUUAAUUUUUUGAAGGCGCAGAAGAGCAUUAUACGUAUAAAUCACAUCGAAUUCUUCGCAUUUGUUUGAUUCUCUGCAGAAGAUUGUAGAGAAAUCUUGACACCAUGAAGCAUAAAGAUGGAAAGCCAAUUUCGCUGGAUAGAAAUUCUAGGACAGUGCCAAUGGCUAUAAUGUUUGUAGUGCUGUGCGGGUUCUCUUUCUACCUCGGCGGAAUCUUCUGUUCGGAAAAGGAAAACUAUGUUACCGACCAAGUUAAUAAAGCGGUUGAAACUUCCAAGGAAACACCCGCUGGAUCUCUCCAAAUCAAAGCUGUAAACUUUCCGGAAUGCAGUGCAGAUCUUCAGGAUUACACACCAUGCACAGAUCCAAAAAGGUGGAAAAAGUACAGUCUUCAUCGCCUUUCUUUCAUGGAGCGCCAUUGCCCUCCAGUUUUUGAAAAGAAAGAGUGCUUGGUUCCCCCUCCUGAUGGUUAUAAAGUACCCAUUAAAUGGCCACAGAGCAAGAAUGAAUGUUGGUACAGGAAUGUUCCAUAUGAUUGGAUUAACAAGCAAAAAUCAAACCAACAUUGGCUGAAGAAAGAAGGGGAGAAGUUCCUCUUCCCAGGUGGCGGUACUAUGUUCCCAAACGGUGUUAGUGAAUAUGUUGACUUAAUGCAAGAUUUGAUUCCGGGAAUGAAAGACGGGACAAUCAGGACCGCCAUUGAUACUGGAUGUGGGGUUGCUAGCUGGGGAGGUGAUUUACUAGAUCGGGGGAUUCUCACUGUUUCACUCGCACCUAGAGACAAUCACGAGGCUCAAGUUCAAUUCGCUCUAGAACGUGGAAUUCCCGCAGUUCUUGGCAUUAUCUCAACACAAAGACUCCCUUUUCCAUCUAGCUCCUUUGACAUGGCUCACUGCUCAAGAUGCCUAAUUCCAUGGACUGAAUUCGGUGGAAUCUACCUAUUGGAGAUAAACCGUAUCCUCCGACCUGGUGGUUUCUGGGUGCUCUCAGGCCCACCAGUAAACUACGAGAAUCGUUGGAGAGGAUGGAACACAACCAUCGAAGACCAAAGAUCCGAUUACGAAAAGCUGCAAGAACUGCUAACCUCAAUGUGCUUCAAACUGUACAACAAGAAAGACGACAUUGCAGUGUGGCAGAAACUAUCCGAAGGCAGCUGCUACAAAAAGCUCGAGGCACCCGAUACUUACCCACCGAAAUGUGACGAUGGCACAGAGCCAGAUGCAGCAUGGUACACUCCGAUUAGGCCCUGUGUGGUCGUUCCCGACCAAAAGUACAAAAAAACUUCGCUAAAAUCGCUCGCUAAAUGGCCUGAAAGACUGCACACUGCACCCGAACGUGUUUCUGAUGUUCGUGGAGGAAGUGACGGUGCUUUCAAGCAUGAUGAUAGUAAGUGGAAGUCAAGGGCCAAGCACUACAAGAAGCUUCUGCCUGCUAUUGGAACUAAUAAGAUAAGAAAUGUGAUGGAUAUGAACACUCUUUAUGGAGGAUUUGCUGCUGCUUUGAAUGAUAAUCCUUUGUGGGUUAUGAAUGUUGUUUCGUCUUAUGCUCCGAAUACACUUGCUGUCGUCUAUGACAGAGGCCUCAUCGGGACCUAUCACGAUUGGUGUGAGGCUUUCUCAACCUAUCCUAGAACAUAUGAUCUUCUCCAUUUAGACGGCCUUUUCACUGCUGAAAGCCACAGGUGUGAAAUGAAGUAUGUUCUGUUGGAGAUGGAUCGAAUUCUACGACCGAACGGGUAUGCAAUAAUCCGAGAAUCGAGCUACUAUGUUGAUGCUGUUUCCACAUUAGCUAAAGGGAUGAAAUGGAGUUGCCAUAAAGAAGAAACAGAGUACGGCGUUGAACAGGAAAAGAUACUCGUUUGCCAGAAGAAACUGUGGUAUUCCUCUAAGAAGAGUUCAUGAUUAUUAUUACUAUAAUACGGAGGGGAAAAAUUACCGAGUUUUCAUGUAGAGAAUGAGGAAGGAAGUUAUAUAUUACAUUUGAUACACAACAACCAGCCAUAGAAGAAGAAAGGCGAGUUCAAGUUCUAUAUACCAAUCAGAGGCAUAUGAUCUUUCAAACGAAGACGAGUUAGCAGGUCGAAUAACCAGGUUACUAUUAAUAGUUUUUAGUGCUUUUUUUAUUUUUAUAUUUAUUUUUUGACAUAAUAUUGUUAUUCUUUCGCAAGGCUCUUUCUUAUAUAUGACGAUGCCUAUUGUAUUUUUAUUUUUAUUUUUUCCCAUUUCCUCGUGAAGCUGUGAAAUCUGUAAUGGUGUUUGUAAGACACAGCUGGUUAUGCAGCUUUUUUUAUUUAUUUUAUUGGAAUACUAUUUUGAAGCUUCGGAAAAA